AUGCAUCGUGGAAAGUUUUCACUUACACCCAAGAAUCAAGUCAAUGACCUAGCAGGUUCAGGUUUUCCUGAUAAUCAACAUAGAAGUCUCCCUGAACCCAUAUAUGUUUCUUCUUCGUCUUCAGAUGAUGAAAGUAACAUGUCUAAUGACGACGCAUCUAAACAAUUAGUACUUUAUGACCCUGUGAUAAACGGAGACAAUGCUAUUCAAUCCCCGGAUCCUUUUCAGUUUAAGCCUCCACCGCGUCCACGAAGUAAACCAUCAAGUUCAACUCCUAGAGUGUUGCCAGCAGUUGGUGCUUUCACUGUUCAAUGUGCUUCCUGUUUUAAAUGGAGAUUGAUUCCAACAAAGGAAAAAUACGAAGAAAUACGCGAGUAUAUCCUUCAACAUCCUUUUGUUUGUGAAAAAGCUCGUGAGUGGCGACCCGACAUAACUUGUGAUGAUCCCGAGGAUAUUUCCCAGGAUGGCAGUAGAAUUUGGGCUAUUGACAAGCCUAGCAUUGCACAACCUCCAGAUGGAUGGCAGCGACUUCUACGAAUUAGAGGUGAAGGAAGCAGCAAAUUUGCAGAUAUAUACUAUGUAGCACCAUCAGGCAAGAGAUUGCGCUCAAUGGUCGAGGUCCAGAAGUUCUUGGCGGAACAUCCAGAGUACAUGAUAGAUGGCGUAACUCUUUCACGGUUCUCAUUUCAAAUACCUAAGCCAUUGCAAGAAAACUAUGUGAGGAAACGCUCUCAUGCUAAAUCAGUUGAGCCUGAGCAAGUGAGGCCUCUAGCUUGGGUAGGUCCAGAAGACGGCACUAAUUCAAACGAGGAAAGACUUGGGCUUCCUGCUCCCUUCAUGGAAGCAUAUGACCCUGACAGCCAUCCUGCAAAGAAGCAAGCCACUCGGAGUUUUUUCCCAUAA